AUGUCGGACAAUGCCUCCUACGCCGUGACGCAGGUGAAAACGACCUCCAGCCCCUCAAAAACCACCUUUCAUUUCGCCGCCGGGCUCUGCAGCGGCCUCACCUCCUCCAUCCUCCUGCAACCGGCCGACCUCCUCAAGACACGCAUCCAACAAUCCCAAUCCGCCUCCCUCCUCCCGACCCUCAAAGCGAUUCUCUCCUCCCCGCACCCGAUCCGCGGCCUAUGGCGCGGCACCCUGCCCUCGGCGCUGCGGACGGGCUUCGGCUCCGCCCUGUACUUCACAUCCCUCAACUCCCUCCGCCAGGGCCUCGCGCAAACCGAGAUCCCCUUCCUCCUCGCGAGUCCCCCCAUCAUCCCUACCGCCACCAGCAGCAGUAGCAGCAGCAACACAUCCUCGCACAACUCAUCCUCCUCCGCCCUCCCCAAGCUCUCCAACUCCGCCAACCUCGCCACCGGCGCAGCGGCCCGCGUCGCCGCAGGCUUCGUCAUGAUGCCCGUGACCGUGCUGAAAGUGCGGUACGAAUCGGAUUUCUACGCGUACCGCAGCCUGGCCAGCGCGGGGCGCGACAUCGUGCGCACGGAGGGCGUACGCGGGCUGUUCAGCGGGUUCGGGGCGACGGCGGCGCGGGAUGCGCCCUACGCGGGAUUGUACGUGCUCUUUUACGAGCAGUUGAAGCGGCGGCUCGCUGCGUUGGCGACGGCAGCUCCUCAUCCACAUGCACAAGCACAGAACAAUGGAGAUGCGAAUGGCCCCGUCGUGAAGUCGCCGUCCUCCUCGUCGAUCAAUUUCGUGUCCGGAGGGCUGGCCGCCGGUCUGGCGACAGCGAUCACGAAUCCGUUCGAUGCCGUCAAGACGCGUCUGCAGCUUAUGCCGGGUCGGUACGGGAAUAUGAUGCGCGCCGCGCGGCUGAUGGUCCGCGAGGACGGAGUGCGGAGCCUCUUCGGCGGGUUGGGGCUACGUAUCACGCGGAAGGCGCUGAGCUCUGCGCUCGCGUGGACCGUUUAUGAGGAGCUGAUUCUUCGCGCUGAGGUCCAGUGGGCGGCGCAGGGGGCAUCGUCGCGCCCUUGA